AGGGAUGUGGAUCCCUGCCAGGCUUGUAAUUACAGCCCAACCGGGGCCCUCGCAUGUGAAACCUGAGCCCCGUGGGGAGCAGGGGAAGCAGAAGCGUCCGUCUGUCGGUGCAGGUGUCUGUCCUGGCCCGGCUCCAUCUGGGGUGGAUGUGGGGAGUUGGGAACCUCGAGUCCCCCUGGCCCUCACAGCUCCCCCUCCCCGUGCUUGGCUCCGGGUGCUCUGGGGACUGAGCCGUGGGGCCCAGCAGGGAAAACUCAGAGCUGAGGGUGUUUGGGGCCGGGUGCCCCAGGGGGGGUUGGGUUUCAAACCUCCCCUUUGCUUCCACCUUCCCUGUCUCAGCGUGUCCGAGAGCACAGCCAGCAGCGCCCCGCGGCACAGGGCUGUUGGGUGCAGCAGAGCCCCGGCUCCUCCGCGGCAUCCCUGGCUUGUUGCGGGUCUCCGGCCUGGGCAUAAAACAUCUCUGGUGAUUGUGGGAGAGCUCCAAGUCCCUGCAGGACCCCGUGUCCCUGCCACCUCCCCAGCAGAGAUCCUCCAUCCCUGCUCACCUCUGGGUACGGAGGUGGCCCAGGGAGCUUGUGGGGAUCCGGGGGCAGCUCCUCGUCCCCUGGGGCUGCGGCAAAUGCUGCCCCAGCUCGCAAAGCCCUCCCUGGGCAGCGCCUCGGCCCCAGUGCCCUGAGCCCCACUCUCCCCCCGCCCAGGUGACAGCUAUGGGGUGCUGCCCCGGCCCUGCCGUGCCCUGGUGCUGCUGAACCCGCAGAGCGGUGCCGGCCGCGCGCUCGAGGACUUCCAGGCCGUGGUGCAGCCCAUGCUGGCUGAGGCCGACAUCGCCACCACCGUCUUCGUCACUGAGAGACCCCACCACGCACACGAGAAGGUGCGGGAUGAGGACCUGUCGCAGUGGGACACGCUGGUGGUCAUGGCUGGGGACGGGCUGCUGUAUGAGGUGGUGAAUGGGCUGAUGGAGCGGCUGGACUGGGAAGACACCAUGAAGAAGCCGCUGUGCAUCCUGCCGGGGGGCUCUGGCAAUGCCCUGGCUGCAUCCAUCAACCACUACGCAGGCAAUGAUCAUGUCGCCAAGAAGAAGCUGCUGACAAACUGCACCUUCAUCCUGUGCAAGGGACUGCACACGCAGAUGGACCUGGUCUCGCUGAGCACAGCCUCGGGCAAGCGUCUCUUCUCCUUCCUCGGCUUUGGCUGGGGCUUCAUCUCGGACGUGGACAUUGACAGUGAGAAGUACCGCCGGCUGGGCAAUGCCCGCUUCACUCUGGGCACCCUCCAGUGCCUGGCCAAGCUGCGGGUGUACCAGGGCCGCCUGUCCUACCUGCCUGCUGUCCCCGAGCAGGACACCUCCCCAGCACCCAAGGACCCCCACGUGCCCAUCACCAACGGCCAGGCUGGUCACAGCGCGCUGCCCGCGGGGACGGAUGCACCCGGAGCUCUGCCCAGCGACUCGCUGCUGGUGCCGCUGUGCCAGCCGGUGCCGCCACACUGGACGGUGGUGCCCGAGGAGGAGUUUGUCUCUGUUUACGCCAUCUACCAGUCCCACUUGGGCACCAACCUGCUGAUGGCACCGGCGGCCCAGCUGCACGACGGCUGCAUCCACCUCUUCUACCUGAAGGCCGGCAUCAGCCGCGUGGCGCUGCUGAAGAUUUUUCUGGCCAUGGCCAGGGGGACCCACCUGGACUUGAACUGUCCCCACCUGCACUAUGUCCCCGUCCGGGCUUUCCGCCUGGAGCCACGGGCGGCCGCGGGCAUCAUGACAGUGGAUGGCGAGGCGCUGGCCUGCGAGCCGGUGCAGGGUCAGAUCCAUGCCCGCCUCUGCCGCGUCCUCAGCGGCUCCUGAGGGGCCAGGUUCGCCCCUCCCCGCAGCGCUGAGCUGCUGGCACGGCCCAGCACGAGGGCGGCAGAGCCUUCCUCCCACUCAGGAACCUCAUCCUCCUCCCAUAGCAAUAGGUGUUGGGGGCUGCGGGCACUCGUCCCCUCGCUUGCCCCCAUGCUUAGCUUUACCCCCUUGGGACAGCCACCAGCACUGCCCCAAAAAUGAGCUGCGAGCCACAUCAGGUACUUGGUGCCAGCAAGACGCCAGCGCGGCCUAUCCCGGUACAAUAUCCCGGCCCCGGGCGGCUGCGCCGGCACAGCCCCGUCCCCUCUCCGGCUCAGACGCACACGGUGGCAGCGCUCGUGUCCCCGCCGCAGAGCCAGUGCCACCUCCCAGAGAUGGUCAGGACCAAUAUGUCUAAUACAAGAAAAUGGCUUUUUUAAGAACAUUUCUACCCAAAGCUUCCUGUAGAAGCAGAAUUUAUUCUUGUGAGAAAUGCAAUAAAUAUCUAGUGUUUGCAAAAAAA